CCCCUUUUUUUGCAUGAAGGAAGAGAGAGGGAGGGAGACAGAGAGAAAGAGAAUUUCCCUGUGAAGGAAGUAUUAUUGGAACCAGACACUGUUGAGAUACCAUGGAAAGGUGUAGUCCUAUUUAUUUCCCAUAUGGCCUCAGAGAUAGCUAAAACAACAACCAAGCCUCCAAUCUGAAGGUUGAAUAUAUUGAGAUUAAAAAUCUCCUUUUCAAGGGCGACCUAAGGCCAAGAGGGCAGCACAGCAGAGGGUAAAAUACGACACAACACGGCUAGGACCACGCGAAUCACAGUUUGAGAAAAGUGCAGAGAAACAUCCUCUUUCUUUCUAAACUUCAGUCCUAUAUAAAGUUGGAGGUCCUUUCAGAGAGACAUGAGAAUUCGAACUUUCUCAAAAGCGCACAUUAGACAGGAAUUCCAGCUACGAUGUCAAUCACUCUCUGUCAACGACAACAUGGGCUUUAAGCAGGAGUUUGAGGAGCUAAAUGAUGUUGGCAAAGAACUGCCCACUAGGGCAGGGGAACUGGAGGUUAAUAAGGAGAAGAACCGCUACCCCCACAUCCUGCCAUAUGACCACUGUCGGGUGAGGCUGUCCCUGCAGGACGCCCAGCCCAAUGGCGACUAUAUCAACGCAAACUUUGUGCCUGGCGGCAGCUCGGAGAGAGACUUCAUCUGCACCCAGGGCCCUUUACGCAGCACCAUGACUGACUUCUGGAGGAUGGUCUGGGAGCAGAACGUCAGUAUAAUUGUCAUGGUGACCGCCCUGCGGCACAAGGACGUGGUGCUAUGUGAUCAAUACUGGUCUAAGGCCAGAGGAACCGUUUAUCACGGGCCUUUCCAAGUCAACACGGUGUCCUGCAACCAGGGUCCACAUGUUUCCAUCACCACCAUUAAUAUGAAGCAGAGAGGAUAUCCAACAGAAAAAGUAGUUACACACUACUACUACUCUUCCUGGCCCGACCGGGGGGUUCCUAGAGACACCUCAGCCCUCUGUGGUCUAGCUGAGCAUGUGCGGCAGCAUAUAGAAGCAACGCCGCGGCUGGGGCCUGCCGUAGUGCAUUGCAGCGCUGGCGUUGGCAGAUCGGGGGCUUUUGUAACGCUGCUGUGGCUGAUGCAGCUGUGUGAGCGAGGCGUGAGUCCGGACAUCCGGGCGGCUGUGGAGGACCUGCGGAUGCACCGUCUGUGGAUGGUCCAGAACGUGGAGCAGUAUGUACUGGUUCAUCAAUGUCUGCUCAACUGGCUGAGCAGAGGCACAGUGGCAAAUCUUGACAGCGGUCCACAGAGUAAAGGAGUGCCAUUCAACAGCGGCCGGAGUCAGGUCCGCAUCCGGGGCUCAUCGGGUCAGGGAAACAGAGCGAGGAGGAGCCAUCAGCAUCAACCACCAAGAGCUCAGCCAGACCAAACACUGAGCAACGUUCAACAGCUGCUGGACCCCAGGAACCUACUGAGGAGAAUACUGCCCGCUUCUCUUCAGCUUCCACAAACGUCGUCGGAACCCAAACCAACAAAACAGAACUUUGAAAAUGUUCCCUUCAAGCCUUAGUCGAAAGACUCAUUUCAGAUUGGUACCUAAAUAAAACCUUUCUAGUUUUUCUUUA